AACAUGACUGUGACACGUCACAAUAAGUAGGACGGCCAACCCCCAUCCUCUGGCCCUUCCCCUCUUCAUUCCUAAAGGACAAGGAGAAACAACAUCUACAAUGGCCAAGCCCACCUUCAAAAGACACCACAACACCAAAAGACAUCGAAGACCAUUUUAUAGAAAGCACUCGCGUUGCUCUAGCAUCAAUUUUGGCCAUGGAAAUUACUCCCUUUACAUAAGCAGGGUCCUGAAGGAAGUUGUCCCCCAGAGAGGCAUAUCAUCUCAAUCUGUGGACAUCAUGAACAUCCUGAUCAACGACAUCUUCGAACGCAUUGCUACGGAAGCCUGCCAGCAGAUGUUCCUCAGAAAGCGCUGUACCCUCACCUCAGAAGACAUCCAGAGGGCGGUGUAUCUGCUGUUGCCGAAGAAGCUGGCUAAGCUUGCUGUGACUUUUGGAACUAAAGCAGUCCACAGAUUCAUCCAUUCCAAAGCUCCACAUUCAAGCCUAAUUGGAACUUGGAGAAAGUAAACCAAACUGCCGAUCAC